CGUCUCGCCCCGAAAGCCGAAACAUGUCGCGCUUUGAGAGCGACACGGAGAGCGAGUCCGCGGAGGGCGAGUCCGUGCAGGUCUCGGCAAUGCUGCGCGACUUUGUUAGCAGCUUGGAUGAAGACACCUGUCGGGCACUGCAGAAGGCCGUCCAUGACCGGCUGGCUGGGGGCACACAGAAUGCUUCGGCAACGGAAUGGCUCGGCCCAGAGUUUAAGUCUUCUCGCCUGGAAGAGAUCUUUCAGACUCUUGAGGAGGUGGAGCCCGUGGUGAAGGCAUCGAACAUGGCACAUGCCAUGCGGCUAGCUGGCUUGGACCCGACGGCUUCGGAGGUUUGCAAGGUCUUGGAGAACAUCGGGAAGCUCGAGAUCUUGAACCUCGACAGUUUCACUCAGGUCAUGCAGGAGGUCAUCGAAGAACGGUACAAGAAGAAUGAGGCUCGAAAGCUCUUGCGCAGCUGUCGGAGUGUCGAUCCGGAAAAAAGCGGCCUCCUUCCGCAGGAGACCCUCGUGCAGCUUAUGCAUGCCCAAGGCAUCACUUUUUCAGAUGAGCUUCAGGAUAUUCUCAAUGAUGUUCCUUCCAACAGUCAAGGCUUCAACUAUGAGGUUCUCAUCAGCCUGCUUUUCACCAAGGUCGACGAUGACAUGUUUGAGAGCAAGCAGAAUGAGCAGAAUGUCGAAGCCGAGAAGUUAAAGGAGGUGCGGCCAAGCCUGAAUUUCGUGCUGAAGGAAGGUGCGGUGGUCCAUCCUGAGGAAGGCAAAGUCUUGGUACGGGCCAUGGCCACUGGUGUACUGGAGUGGUACAACCCAGACACCAAGACUUUACUGGGCUCGAUGCCAGUCCACUCGUCAGAUUGGGGAGAGUUCAUCGACUCAGGAGAAAAGGAGUGGCUGGAUUUCCUGGAUCGAUGGCCGAACCUGAUGGGUGACCAACUGCAAGCGCUGGAUGCGUUGAGGUCCUCAGCCACAGGCCUGCAAAAGUUGAGUAACCCGGCUCGAGACAGCGCCCUCUAUGAAUUGGUGAAGCUUUCCCUGUGUCCUCAAGAAGACUCGCCCUACCAGGUCAUAGCCAAAGCAACACAAGCCUUUUUGUUAUGUGGCCAUUGCGACAUGUUGCCGGAGGCGGCUCCGGUGGUUCCAGACUAUGACCUUACAGAUCCGAUGGAUUUGGCGAACUUCUUCUCGUUUGCAAACAUCCGGCUGCUGCGUGGCGCUUUCAUCAAGCACUUGGCGAAAGAGAAGCUGGGGUUGCCCAGGCGACAGGAGGCAGAGCAAGCAAGUUGCGGAUCCCAGACGGCUUUGGUGACUCACGAGGAGGUCAAAGGAUGGGCGGCAGAUCUCAAAGCAGGAUUGGCUCUUCUACGACUACUGCUGCCUAUACCAGUUCCUCAGAACCAACAGCGAAGAGGAGUCCAGUUUCUGCUCAGCACUGCAAAACAUGCACGUGAUCUACUCUCACGAGAGAACUAUGACCCUUUGCAUCGAUCUCACUCCUCACGACCCAAGCUCGCACCCUUCUUCACCAGACUUUCGCUGCAGCAUCUACCAUUUUCCCUCCAACGCUUGCGUCGAAGUGGCCCCAAGCAGCUUGUUGCCCAACGACACGCCCUACGACUCCCGCGGCUGGUGCGUGGCUGAACUGCAGGCCUCGCAGAGUCGACAUGGUGUGCCCGGCCGACCCCCGACGCAGCGCCUCGUCGGCCGGUAUCCGGACGUCUACGUGGAAGACAUGGAGGCCCAAGUGCCGAUGCCCCCAGAGGUGUUUCGAGCCCGGGCGGAGCAAGGGCAACUGCGGUUCAGCGAUCCGGGAGAUUUGGAGGUAGCACUAAGGCUUCAAAGCGAGGCCUUUCGCAAGACCAGCGGCAGAUUCGAGUCAUUGAGUCUAAGCGAGUUGGAAGCUGAUGAGAUUGAUGUGCUGGUCAAGGCCUUGCCAUUUUUAUCGAACCUGCAGAAGUUGGAGAUCAAGAAGAGCAAACCUCUGGCUGGCAAGAUGGAAGACUUGGCCAAGGUGCUCCAUGGCAAGAGGACGCUCACAAGUUUGAGCCUCCCUGAGAAUGAGCUUGGUGUAGCUGAAGUUCUUUUGGUGAUACAGGUGCUCGGGGACCUUGGUUCGCUGACCAACUUGAGCCUAGCGCAGAACAACCUCGACAAUCAUGCUUGGGUUUCGGCACUGUGUCAGGUCCUCGAAAUGACUGGAACGACUGGCCGGAGGCUCACAUGGAUUAAUUUGCAGAAGACCCAGAUGGGGGAGAAGGGUGCUGUGGCACUCGCCCAGGCUCUACAUGCUGCUGAAGCGAAGACGGCAAAGACGCAGGUGGACCUCGAAGGCAAUGAUUUGGGUGCAGGUGCAUUGCAUCUGGCCAUGGCGGUCAAGGCCCACGAGGGCAUUGCUGUAGAGCAUCGCAUGGUGAAGUUUCUUUGCUUGGGGCUCAAGGCUGAAGGCGUGCUGCUGAGCCCAUUGAUAGGGCGGCGGGACAUUAGUCACUUGGAAUUUGACUUCGACGAGUCCGCCAUACCUGACCUCGGUGAUGACGGUGAUGACCGUCUAGAAGCUCUUUUUUCCGAGCACCUGCUGGAAUUGACCACGUUCACAUUGAGACUGACAUGCAAGACUCUUGGCAGCGGUGCUGAGACCCUUGCAAAGGGUCUGGCAAGUCUGGUCAAGCUCAGAAACUUGCAAGUUCAUUUAGGCAGCUGCAGCGUUGGUGAUGACGGUGCUGUAGCUCUGGCAAAAUCCUUGGGUGAGCUGACUCAGCUCACCAGUCUGGAGUUCAGUUUGGAACACAACUGUGUUGGGGAUAAAGGUGCAGUGACUCUUGCGACGUCAUUGGAAAGCCUUUUGGAGCUCACCAGUUUGCAACUGAAUCUGGCAGCAAACAGUGUGGGUGACGAAGGUGCCAAAGCUCUUGCAAGAUCCUUCCGCAAUCUUAAAAAACUUACCGAAUUGCAAGUCAGUUUGAAAAGCAACAGUGUUGGUGACGAGGGUUCUGCAGCUCUGGGAGAUGCCUUGGGCAAUCUCACGCAGGUCACCAAUUUGCAAGUAAAUCUGGAACGUAACAAAGUUUUUGAUGAGGGCGCUAUGGAACUUGCGAAGUGCUUCAGCAAUCUAGUGCACCUUAUCAAGUUGCAAGUGAUUUUGGGACACAACAGACUUUGUGCUGCGGGUGCCAAAGCUCUUUCAGCAUCCUUCAGCAAUCUUGUGCAGCUGACCUGUUUGCAAGUCUCUUUCAAAAGCAACAGUGUUGGUACUGAAGGUGACACAAUAGCUCUUGCAAAAUCCUUCGCAAGGCUUUCACAGCUGACAAACUUGCGGGUGGACUGGGCAGAGAACAGUCUUGGUGAUAGAGGCACAGGAGCUCUUGCUGAGUCUUUAGGUAGCCUUGGGCAGCUCACUAGCUUGGAAGUCAAUUUUGCACACAACAAUGUUUCUGAUGAAGGGGCCCAAACUCUUGCUGAAUGUCUUGGCAAUCUUGCGCGGCUGACGAAUUUGCAAGUGAUUCUGGAAGACAACGUUGUUGGAGGUGAAGGCGCUGUAGCUCUGGCAGGAUCCUUGGGCAAGCUGACUCAGCUCGCCAAGUUGAAGUUCAGUUUGGAACACAACUGUGUUGGUGAUAAAGGUGCAGUGGCUCUUGCGACGUCAUUCGAAAGCCUUCUGGAGCUCACCAGUUUGCAACUGAAUCUGGCAGCAAACAGUGUGGGUGACGAAGGUGCCAAAGCUCUUGCAAGAUCCUUCCGCAAUCUUAAAACACUUACCGAAUUGCAAGUCAGUUUGAAAAGCAACAGUGUUGGUGACGAGGGUUCUGCAGCUCUGGGAGAUGCCUUGGGCAACCUCACUCAGGUCACCAAUUUGCAAGUGAAUCUGGAACACAACGGUGUUCUUGAUGCUACAGAACUUGCAAGGUGCUUUGGCAAGCUUGUGCAGCUGACACAUUUGCAAGUGAAUUUGGGAGACAACAGACUUGGUGCUGACAGUGCCAAAGCUCUUGCAGCAUCCUUAAGCAAGCUUGAACAGCUGACUUGCUUGCAUGUUGAUCUGCUCGGCAACAGUGUUGGAGACCAAGGUGGCAUAGCUCUUGCAGAAUCCCUGCACACACUUGUUAAGCUGACGAGUUUGCAACUUGAUUUGCAGGGCAACCUCAUUGGACAUAAGGUGGCCGAAGGUGGUUUGCAGGGCAGCAUCGUUGGCCACGAGGUGGCCGAAAUUCUGGCCACAUCUUUGGAAAGACUUGUGCAGCUCAACGAUUUGGAAUUGAAUUUAGCGGGCAAUAUGCUUGGAGCUGAGGGUGCCGUAGAUGUUGCAAGAUCCUUGGGCGUUCUGAAAGGGCUGACGAGUCUGAAAGUGAAUUUGGGAGACAACGGAGUUGGUACUGGAGGUGAUGUAGAUGUAGCUGCAGCUUUGGCAGAGUCUUUGAACAACCUGAUGCAGCUUGCCACAUUGCAAGUGAGUUUGGAACGCAGCAGUGUUGAUGAUGCUGCUGAGGCUCUUGCCACAUCCAUUGGCAAUCUCAAGCAAGUCACCAAUCUGCAAGUCCGUUUCAAAAGCAACAGUAUUGACUCUACAGAUGCAAGGUAUCUUGCAGAAGCCUUUGAAAGCCUUGCACAGCUGACAGAAUUGUGGGUGGACUGGGCAGACAACAGCAUUGGUGAUGAAGGCGCAAAAGGACUCGCAACAUCUUUGGGCAGUCUCAAGCAGCUGACUAGAUUACAGGUCAAUUUGACUCGCAACAAUGUUGGUGACACAGGCAUCAAUCCUCUUGCUGAAUCUCUUGGCAAUCUUGUGCAGCUGACGAAUUUGCAGCUGAUUUUGGAAGAUAACGUUGUUGGUGGCAAUGGGGUUGUAGCUCUGGCAGAAUCCUUGGGCAAACUUGUCCGGGUCUCCAGUUUGCAAGUGAAUCUGGAACGCAACAGUGUUGGUCAAGCUGGUGCUGUAGCCCUUGCGAACGGCUUCAGCACUCUUGUGCGGCUCGCGAAUUUAGAACUGAAUCUGCAGGCUAGUGGUGUUAACGAUGGAGCUGUUGAUGUGUUGGGAGAGGCUUUGGAGAAGCUCACCAAGCUCACCAACCUGGAAGUUGAUUUGCGGAGCAACCCACACGUAGAUCUUGAAUGUGUGAAGACCUUCAGGGCCAGGCUUUCCCUUGUGCCGAUGCUCUUGACUUAUCACGAUGAUGACGACGAUGAUGUUAAGAAUCUUAGCUCGCUGGACAAUGCAAUUUGACUUGGUC